AUGGCUUCACUACCCCUUGCCAAAUGCUGCAUAUCAGGCGUCCUACAUACCGGCACGCCAGUCGGCUCCAUCAAAACCAUUGGAAAAAAUUCCUCAACGCACCACGCCAUCCUCCUCCUCACAGACGUCUACGGCUACACGUUCCCCAACACGCGCCUAAUCGCCGACCAAUUCGCCGCCCGGGGCUACUUCACCAUCAUCCCGGACCUCUUUCAAGGUCGAGAAGUCUCCUUCCCCGCGCCCGAUGAUUUCAAUUUGCAGACGUAUAUCCACAAUGUAAUGCCGCGCGUUGAGACUGUCGAUCCGAUUAUUCGUAGCGUCAUAGAGGAUAUGAGGAAUGAAAUGGGCGUGCAAAAGCUGGGCGGCGUGGGGUAUUGUUUUGGGGGCAAGUAUGUUUGUCGGUGGUUGAAAGAAGGGGGGUUGGAUGCCGGGUUUGUUGCGCAUCCGAGUUUUGUUGAUGGGGAGGAGGUGAAAGGGGUAAAGGGGCCGAUGAGUAUUGCUGCUGCGGAAAGCGAUGACAUCUUCACGGUUGAGAAACGCCGUGAGACGGAGGAGAUACUGAGGGAGCUUUCGGUGCCGUGGGAAAUGUUCUUGUAUUCAGGGGUAGAGCACGGGUUUGCGGUGAAGGGACAUAUGUCGACGAAGAGGGCGCGCUUUGCUAAGGAGCAGGCGUUUGGGCAGGCUGUGGCGUGGUUUGAGGAGUAUCUGAAGGAGGAGUGA